GGAACUUCACCAGCUCCUCGACCUUUAGCCCCUCUCUCCCUCUCUCUUCGACGGACGAGCCUCGGUGAUGUCGUUUUUUGGGAACACGGCGUCUUCGGCGCCCACGGCUCCAGCGGCGGAGAAGGAUAUCGAGAUCCCCGAGCCCCCUUCCGACUCGAUAUCCUCCCUCUCGUUCUCCUCUGCCGCGGAUUAUCUGGCUGUAGGUAGCUGGGACAAUAAUGUAAGGCUGUACGAGGUCGGAGCAGGCGGUCAAACACAGGGGAAGGCAAUGUACUCGCACCAGGGCCCCGUGCUGAGCGUAUGCUGGAACAAGGAAGGAAACAAGGUCAUCUCGGGCGGCGCAGACAACGCAGCACGUCUAUUCGAUAUCACGACUGGCCAGUCCAACCAGGUGGCGCAGCACGACGCGCCCGUCAAGGUCGUCAAGUGGAUAGAGACGCCGCAGGGAGGCAUUCUGGCUACGGGAAGCUGGGACAAGUCCAUCAAAUACUGGGACCUGCGCACUCCCAACCCCGUGGCGACUGUUCAACUUCCCGAGCGAUGCUAUAGCAUGGACGUCCAGUAUCCCCUCCUGGUCGUUGGUACUGCUGAACGCCAUAUACAAAUUUUCAACCUCACGAACCCGAACACCGCUUAUAAAACCAUCACCUCUCCACUAAAAUGGCAAACGCGGACAGUCUCUUGCUUCACGAACUCCACCAGUAGUGGUUUCGCCGUCGGCAGUAUCGAGGGUCGUGUUGCCAUCCAAUAUGUCGAGGAAAAGGACAGCAGUAACAACUUCUCCUUCAAAUGCCACCGCCGAGACCAGACUCCCAACUCGAAAGACCAGUCGCUCGUGUACGCUGUGAACGACAUUUCCUUCCACCCUGUGCACGGCACGUUCUCGACUUGCGGUUCUGAUGGCACCAUGCACUUUUGGGACAAGGACGCUCGCACUCGCCUGAAAAGCUUCGACCCAUGCCCCGGACCCAUCACUGCGACGACGUUCAACCGGAACGGCACCAUAUUCGCGUAUGCCGUCUCAUACGACUGGUCAAAAGGACAUACCGGUAUGACACCUGGCCACGUCAACAAGAUCAUGCUCCAUGCCUGCAAAGAAGAAGAGGUUAAGAAGCGUCCCGCCAAGAAGUGAACGUAAUGAUAGCUGACCAUGCUAGUGGUCCUGUUUUGUGGCCGCGGUGCGCGGCAUGCUCUUGAUUGUCGAUUGUUAGCCCAUACUUACGAUGCGUUGCAACCUUGUGUACAUAUAUACGUGUUUCUACCUGCAUUCGCUUGCGC